UCUAGCAACUCAAGGAACUGUCGCCCCUUCCCCCGUCAACCCUCCCAGUCCCCUAUACAGCUUUCAAAGCUUAUCUUUCUGUUGAAUGGAAAUAUAAAAUAAAAGCAGUGAAAUCUUUGAUAAAAUAGAAUAUUCUGUAUGAAAUUGAUACUGUGCUGUGAUCGAUGUGCGUCGUGAAUGAUUUCUUGUGCGUUUUAAUAUGAAAAUCAAACAGAACAGCCUAUGACAGCAAUUCGAAAUGGUGGUGCAAAAGAAUUGGAAUAACGUUGAUACAUCGCACCAAAAUCCAGCUCCUGAGAGCUCCAGUGAUACAUGGGGAUUCCAGGCGCCUUCUAAAUCAGUUAACGUUCGUCCUAACACACCCGUAGCCAACAUGCAAGCUAAACAACCAGUAACCCGGCAGAUUGCCAUUAAUACACUGGCAGCUAUGCAUAGACGGUUCAGUCUGCCUGGACCAGUGCAGCCACAUUCCAGACCCAUUGCCGAGUUCAGGGCCAGUGCUAACAAGUCUCUAGACAUGUUACGACAAACCAUUCAGUCAGCGGUCACAAGAGAGAUUGACCAAGUGAUCAAGAAAUACUUAGAAAAAUUCUUUGUACCAGCUGUCAACAAUAUAAGAUUGAAUCUGGGAGAUGAAUCUGUUAGUGAAGAUCAGGUUCGAGCGGUGUGCCGUGCAAUGUUGGAUGCGACUCGUUUAUUGUACACCACACCUCCAAAGCCCGCUCAGUCACCAUAUGAGACUAGUGACUCGGAUUCCAGUAAUGGGCUGGAUUCUAAACUUGUCAAACAGCCUAAUUUACAGAGCCCCUGUCAAAAGAGGAAGGAUUCAGAAAACGAUAUAGACCUUGGCAUAAAGCGUAAGAAGAUCAAACAAGAGGACACCACAGACAGUGCGUCAUCAUCGCCAUUACCAUCACCUGCUCUCCGAGACCCUGAGAAGUGGAAUCCUGCACGAUUGACUCAAGAGACAUUGUUUAUUAUGGGAUCUCAUGCUCAUAAAGUUUUAGGCUUGGGUAACUCUAGGGGUCGCUUAUACACCAGACAUGCUGGCCUGCUCAGAUAUCCUGCUGAUUCUUCAGACAAGGAAUGGAUCGCUAGUCAUAACUUAGUCAAUGCUGUUGGCGGGAAAACGUACAUCAUGGUAUUGGAAGAUAUUGAAGAAUUAGCUAACAGUGAUGCUUACAAACACAAUUCACUCCCCAUGUUAGGAGAGCUAACAGGCUUCAAAGUUCCUCUGUUCAUGCUGAGGAAAAUAAAGGCUUAUGUUCUUAAAAGAGCUCUCAGCGGCGACAUAAGUAACGCCAACAGCCCACAGCCAUGCACAAGUAACAUUCAAGAAGAAGAAAAAUAUAAGAUAGAAGACAUCAAGGUUGAACCAAAUCAUGAUAAUUUUGAUAGUAACAGUUUUGAUGCGAGCCAAUACAUUGGCAAUGGAGAAAACACUAGAGAUUUCUCAGAUGUACCAAUGUUAAAGGAAGAUACAGACUUUGCAGACAUAAAAGUUGAGGAUAUGGAUGACAUGAAAGUGGGGGGAAUAAAAGUUGAGGAUUUAGAUGAAAUAAAAAUGGAAGAAAUGAAGGACGAUGAUGUGGAUCUCAAUAAUAUUAAAGUAGAGAACAUUGAUGACUUAGAUGUUGAGGGCAUCAAAGUGGAGGAUAUAAAGUUAGAGAAUGAUGACUUCUCACUGUGUAAAGAUUCUGAAGAUGGUCAGAAUCAUUUGGUUGAUGGCUUAUUGGAGUCUGACAUAGAGUUUUUGAGCCGAAACUUGGGGAAUAUUGAGAGUGAUGCUGACGCGAGAAAGACAAUAGAGAAGCUGACUGGAGCCAACCCAGAUACAAUUACCUUAGUGGGCGAUGAAUUUGAUUUGGGAACUACCUUGAAUACUAGCAACUUCUCCGUUAACCAAACAAAAUGCAUCACGGUAGCAUCAACCACGAGUGGCAUGGUGCACAGUGUACCAGUGGCCCACUUGGCACCUCCUCGCAUCACUGGGAGUACCGUACAUUACUACACCAGCUCAAACAUUCCGUCUGCUGGCCAGCGGACCGUUCACCAUCUGCCGCAAGCCACAGUCACUAUACAAAACAUACCUGGUACUACGUCGCAGGUUAUACGCGGAAUACCAAUCAACACCAAAUCUGGUACAUUCAGCACAGUCAUGUCGCAAGGUACGGCGAGCACAAUCAUAGGCUUCGGAACUCGCACGUCCAACGCGACCAUCAUCGGCACCCCGCAGUAUGUCAACGUCAGUUCUAAGUCCUUCCCCACGGGAAACAUUCUACACAACGCCAUAGUUUCACGGAACAUUAUCAACCGAAACAACCUCUCGGCCCCAGCUUCGAGCGCCACUUUCAACGUGACAGCAGUCCGGCCCGUACUCCACACGUCAACCCCAAAGAUAAGUACAGUCGUCACCGCAAGUUCCAGCGAUUUCGAUAGCAUUUCUACCACCAAAGAUAUGAUUGACAAUGCAUGUAAUUCCUCUGUUAUGUUGAAGAAGGUUCUGACUCUAGGCAGCGCGGGCGCUACCAAGUCGUUCAUGAUGCACAAUACGCAAAAGGUACUUUCGACUGGCUUCGCAAAUGGUGUGACUCCGCCACCAAAUGUUACUAUUGUCAGUUCAGGCACCAGCGGCGGAAUGCUAAACAAUAAUAAUGUGGGACAUUCAUCGGGUAAUAUCGUAAGUCCUACAUCUGGUACCUUAAGCGCUACACAUGCUACUCUUUCAGCUUUGUUGGCGUCCAACGGCGAAAACUCUCCAAAAAAUAAAUAAGUUCCAUUUCCCAUUCCAUAAUAGUGAAUCUUACUGAUCUCAUUGAUAAUUUAUAAGUAAUUAAUCUUGUAACUUAAUCAACGGUAUAGUAUCUAAAUAAUAAUUAAAAAAUCAUAUUUUUGUCUGUCAGGUGGAGUAGAGUAAAAUACCGAAUAGUAGUAGUAGUGUAUAAAAUAACCAGCAUACUGCCUGUUUUAAAAUCGUUUUCUUAAAUCCACACAAACUAAGUUGGCCAUAAACUAAAAUAUGAACUUGUCAAUCCUACGUGUACGUAAGUGGCAGGGUGUAAGGAAUGGAUUGUGUUGUGAAUAUUUUCAUGUGGCCUAUACAAAAAAAUAUUUUAUCUAUUGUUCCCCAAAAUAGUCUGUCGUCUUGUCUAUAUCCUUUGUGGGUCAUCUUCAGUAAUUAUCUGGAGAGGUCCAUUAUUGACCUUCUACAUGUGUAUUAUUACUAUUAAUCUACCUCUUUAUGUUACCCGUUAUACUAUUAUAAUAAUUUUCUACUAUUAAAGGUUGUGUCUUUACUUAUCUGAAAGUACAAAUUAGGGUUGCGUAUUAUCAGUAUUAUUUUGUAGUUAUGUAGUUUAUGUUAUUAUUGUUGCAUCACUACUUAUUAUUUAAGUAACAGUUCUACACUUGAAAUAUUAAUACCAAUAUCUUACUGAAAGUUUAAAAAAGAUGUAUGAGAAUUGACAUAAUUGUUCAUUUAUAGGAAUUGAUCAAGCUAUUAAAACUUUUUCUUUACCUUUUCAAGGUAUGUCGCAGUAACCAGUUUUAGUUAUAUUAAAAGAUCUCUUAGUUAUUUCUGAUAUAAGUGUUCAUUUAGUAAUACAAGCAAAAACGACCAAUUAUUAUGUUUGCUUUUCAUCAAAGUUGUUUUUUCCAUAUUACAUGAGGUGACUUUUAAUAUUUUAAAUAAUUAUUUUUUUAUGUAGGCGUUUUAAUCUUAGCAUAUACAUACCUUGUUUUCUUAAUUAUUUAAAAUGAACAAAAAAUGUAUGGACUGUACUAGCGAUUCAUUUGAAAACUGACUUGUUAAAAUGUUGAAUAGUUAUUUUUAAUACUGUUUUUUGUAAUGAAACAAACGAUUCUAUUUUUGAUGGGAUUUCAAGCUCUUAUAUUUGUUUAAGCGUUUUUAUAUAUUAACUGAGGGUUUUAACUUAUUGAUUCGUACUUACAACAUAAAAGUAAUAAAAACUUUUUGAAAUACUCAUUAGAUUUGUUGUAAAAUAGGUUUAGGUUCAAACGUAAAAUGUAGAUUAAUUCAUAGAUUGCCAUAUACAAAAACUUGUUUAUGAUAGGCUAAGAAGUUCUUGAAAGUAUAUUAUUUUUAUUUAUUAUUCGCAAAAAGUUUGAAAGUGUGCCAAAAUCUGUGUCUACUUGUUUCACAAAGCUUUAAAAUGUAUCUAAUUAUGCUUUUGCUUAUAAGUGCAAAGAAAUUUUACUACUCCGCUUAGAGUAUAGCAGUAAUUAUAAUUCCAAAGGUUGUUUCAGUAAUAUUUUAUAGGUACGUCAAAAUACCCUAUGUAGUGUGCGUAAUAUCUCUUCGUGUCUGGAACUAGACCGCGUAUCUAACACUAUUAAUAUCUGAAUAAAGCAAUACUUGAUACUACAAUAUAAGCGUAUAUUCUCGAAAAUUAUAAUUUUGAAUAGCAGGAUGUGCGGUCGUGCAGCACAGUGGUUGUGAUUACGUUACAAAACGCGCACGAACAGUUACAAUGUUAAAAAUAUCCAAAAAAAAUUACGAGUACCAUAAAUUAGUGACAGGUUAAUAAUUACUUAUACAAUUUUCAAAAUUGAUCUCAUUCAGCUUUAUAAAUUCAGAUAGAUUUGCUACCCUAUAUUGAAUUUCUCUUUAGGUCAGCAACGAAAGCGGUGCUCAUACCAUUUUCAUAUAUCGAUGUGACUUUUUAAAUGGGCGCGCAUAUAAAUUCUCAAUAGUGUUGCCACGUAUGGGAGGGGGCGCUAGUGACCUUUAUUUUAAUGUUACCUCCGCCAUUUGUACUCUCAAUAUCGCUUCCCACUACGUUUAUUUAUUAAACUUUAUUGUUAUCGAGUUGCAAUAUUCAUAAUAUUUUGCUAGCUUUCGGCGACUAUUAUUUCAGCUUUAAUUAUUAUUAUUUGCUUGCAAUAUUUUUAUUUGUAAUUCAGCUUUGUGCAAUUUUACGUUUAUUUAUUUUUAUAUUAUAAUUUAAAUUGUUUUUUGCUUUUUGCAAUAUUUUUGUUUGAGCGACGGCUUUUUUAUUUGUUUCAUGCCAGCGUCAUUAUUUAUAUUUGCUUAGCUUGCAAUACGUAACAAUAUUUUUUUGGAUUGAGAACUUAAGGCAAAAUUAGUUUCUAUAAAAUUAGUUUAGGGAAAAAAUUGAACUUCAUGUUGAAUUAUUAAUUUUCGACUGAUGUUUUGGAUGGUUUCCAAAGAUAUUUCUGUAAACAGAAUUAUUAUAGUGAUGUGUUGUUAAAUGGCUGUGUUUUUAUUUCAAUGAAAUAAUUUUGUUGAAGAAGUCUUUAAAGACAUACAUUUCGUUUUACGUAGUAUCACCUAAUUGAUGAUUGAACUUUUUUGAUGUAAGUGUGGAGUCAUCUAACUAAGGAUAAGUUUUAAACUAUUUAGGAUACGUAUGUAUGUACCUACUUGUUAGUACUAAAUGGUUGUUGUGGCUGUGUGUUACUCUAGAUCUAAAGUUAUUAAUGUACUUAUUGCUAUUUAUGUCUGAAAAAGGUUGUAAUGAUAAUCGUACCUAGUGAAAUAUUUUGAUCUCUAGAUUAGUAUUUUAACUAAUGUAAUAGUCAUCUGUGCGUUAAUAUCUCGAUUCAAAAAGUACAUAAAUGUUUUUUUUUUGUAAUAGUAAAUUCGUCCAGUGUGCUUAUGUAAGUAUUGGUUUUAAAUCUAUGUCAUAAAAACCAGGUUUGGAUUUUUUAAACUUUACAUUGUUUUAUAAGUUUGUUUUACGUAAAAUUCUGUACUAUGUCUCACUUUGAUAUUGCACAAUUAAUUAGACUAUAAUAUCAGUAAGGUAUAAAUAAGCAACAAUUUAACGGUCUACCGAUUCAGAACUUUUUUUCUGUGUAUCAAAAUAUCCUAUGUAAUUUAUUGGCUGCUUAAAAUAGCAGCUAUCAAUCAAAUGUUCUUGUGAUUUGGCAACAUUAAAUUAUAUUGCUAUAUAACCGUCCUAAAAAUAAAAUGCACUAUCAUUGCGAGAUUCUUGGAUCAUAUAUUUUGAAAAGGAUAUUAACGGCCUAGGUUUUAAUAUGUCAACGAAUCUACGUACUGUGAUUAUAUGACUCUUUUAAUGUAAGUAGUUUCAGGCUAAUUUCUUUAGUAUAUAAAUGUGAACACGCUUAAAUAUUGUGAUUAAUAGAAUGUCUCAGUAAACUGUGGCGCCGAUAUCGCUCCAAUUACGAAAUAUUCUUGCACCGAAAUAAUUAAAUGUCAUGCGCGGCAACUUGUUUCAAAUAAUUAUCUUAAAAAUAUGUUGCGAUUAGACAUACAAGUCAUAAUGUGAAUUAUUUUUUUCGAAGAUGAAAAUGAUGUUGUAACUUUGGUCUGUAAUUUGGAUUCUGCAUUUGAAGCGCUUUCGCACUAGCGGUUUUUCCGCACUUCUAUCAAGCGCGUUUUAACUGCGUACGUUAACAACUGACUAUAUUCGGUUCGAGACUUCACGCUCCAGAGUAUGCCGAAAAAUUUAACUAUGAAAGUGUGAAAACGCUGUUAUGGAGGAUCUAUAAAGAGUAAAAAUGUUAUCAUAAUGGGACUGACUCAAAAUGUUCAUUCUUUGGUCAAGUACCAAAAACCAUGAGAUUGGAUAUCGGCGCAAGAAAAGGCAUCACUGUCAAUCUUCAAUUUGUAAUUGACAGUUUGUAAUGUAGCACUGUCCAUGCCAAAAAUAACGUAUUUCUAUAAAAACUAAAUUAAUAAACGAUAUGUUUAACAAUUCA